ACCGCCAGCUAUACUCACAACAGUACUACCAGCUCCAUCACAGAAUACAAUUACUUUGACUACGCCAUGUAUACAGAAGACUUGGAGGGGCCAUGUAUGUAUGAGCGUCCUGGGGCUUACUUUCUCCCAGUUCUCUACUCAAUCUUCUUCAUCCUGGGCCUUCUGGGAAAUACCCUGGUCCUCUGGGUUAUCCUUUGUGGAGUGCAGCUCCGCAGCAUGACCGACGUGUGCCUCCUCAACCUGGCGUUUGCCGACCUGCUCUUGGUGUGCUCCCUCCCCUUCGUAGCUCACCAAGCCUGGCACCAGUGGGUUUUUGGGGAUGCCAUGUGCAAGGUGGUACUUGGUGCUUACUAUGUUGGAUUUUACAGUGGGAUAUUUUUCAUCACCCUGAUGAGCAUUGACCGCUACCUGGCUAUAGUGCAUGCAGUGUAUGCUCUGAGGAAAAGGACACGAUCUGCUGGGGUAAUUGCUGCCAGCCUUACAUGGUUAAGCGGGUUCCUCGCAUCUUUCCCCGAUGCGGCCUUUCUUCAACAACAAAUGUCAGGUGGCAGUGAUUCUUGGUUCUGCGCCCCAUUUUAUAACGGAACUGCUGAAGACACCACAGACAACCAGCACUUCUGGAAUAUCUUCGCCCUGUUCAAAAUCAAUGUCCUUGGCUUACUGAUCCCAACUGUCAUCAUGGGUUUCUGUUAUACCAAGAUAAUUUGGAGGCUCCAGUAUGGACAGUCCUCAAAGAGGCUGGCCAUCCGUUUGGUUCUCAUUGUCAUAGCUGUGUUUGUCUGCUGUUGGGUGCCCUACAAUGUGGCGUCCUUUUUCAAGGCUUUGGAGCUGAUGGGCGUCUACACGGAAUGCAACAGCAGCAAAGCCAUCCGAUUGGCUUUACUGGCCACGGAGAGCAUCGCUUACUCUCACAGCUGCAUCAAUCCCAUCCUGUACGUGUUUGUGGGGGAGAAGUUUAGGAGGCACCUGCUGAAGCUGAUGAGCAGGGCUCCGUGCCACCUGUGUCAGGUUAUGAGGACCAUCAUACCCAUGGACAGAACCACAGGGUCAACCUACUCACAGACCACCAGCCUGGACGAACGGUCCACUGCCAUGUGA